AUGUUAAAAAAAACAUUGCGUCAACCAGUUCAUCCGAAGAUUGAGGGAAACCCGACGAGUCUUCUGUGCGAUGCGAAAAGCCUCGAACCCUCCAAAAAGAAUAAUACCAGCGAGAUGUUCCAGGACAGAACCGAGGAUUUGGUGGCGGGAACUGCUAAAAACAGUUCGCAUAGUUCACAGUGUGCAUCCGACGCGAUGAAAGACUCCGUUCCGGUGAGUUUGGUACAGAAACGGAAAUUAAUACGGGAUCUAACAUAA